ACCACAUCGAAUCAAGGUCAUGUCAUGUCACGGUCAUUUUUAUGCAGUAUUUUUGGUGAAGAUCCGGCAUUACAAACCCAUAUUUUUUGCGUGAAUCAACGAUUCUGAACAAGGUCUUGCACUCUACAUGUAGACCUAGUAAUAGCCAUGGAAGGCAACUACCCACCCGGUUUUUACCUUCCUGAGAGGGAGCAACAAGAAAACAGGCAACAGCCACCACCACAACAACAACAGCAGCCACAACAACCAUCGCAACAGCAACAUGUCGCCCACUAUCCUUUUGAUUUGCCAAUACCAUACCACACACCGUCACAACACCAGGCUGAUUAUAUGGAGGACCAGCCAACCAGGGUAUUCCCCUUGCCACACCCAGGGACAGUCACACAGAUGUUCACACCAGUCUAUCAUGAUUCUGGGCACUCAUCGGCAAACCAUUUGCAUCACACCCUUCCUCAACGACCAAUCGCAUACGGAGGACAUGGGGUCAAGUAUCCAGGUCUCCAAGGGAAUUAUACGCCACCUCUCACAGCUCAAGAACCAGUCGUAGAGAGAAGUAAUAUGGCAGUGACAACUCGAGAACCAGUUGCGGAAACGACCAACUUACCAACCACAACACUUGGAUCAGCCUCCACUAAUCGUGACAUUUCUCCGGAUACCGCCAUUCCACUAACUGCAACUCACGAGUCAUUAGAGAGCAACAUUCCACCUACUACAGCAAACAGCAUUCCAGCUACUACAGCUAGUGGGUCAGUUACCAGCAGUAGUUCGGACGUGACUAUGAUCACCAAGAUUCGAGGAACGGCUGAGGAGAAGCAUAUUCGACUUGUGCCUACACGUAAACAGCCACAAGAAGGCGCUACAUCUCAAGACCAAGACGCUGCUUCAGGUUCUAAACAAGUACAGUCCCAGGGAGAUAAAGAGCAGAAGGAGGCCAGUCCAACACCACGAUCUCCGAGCAGUUCUACUGAGGAACCGCAGCUGCUUGCUGCUCUCAAUCUGAAAAAGAUCAGCUCGGUAACAGAUCUACCACCAUCCCUCGAGCUAAGGGGGCCAUCACAGGACAAAGUGGAUGGAGUGGUUGCCAAGGAAAUGAUCGAGAAGGGUACAGAGUUUGGACCUUACGUAGGAAUGUUGAUGAACGAGGAGCAUGGAUUUGCAAGAGAAACAACUUGGGAGCUUUGUAUCACUGGGAAAGUUUUCUUCUACAUCGAUGGGCGGAAAACUUGGAUGUCUCAUCUUAGGUUUGCACAUAGCGAUGAGGAGCAAAACAUAGAGGCAUACCAAUACUGCGGCGAUAUCUACUUUAGAAGCACAAAGGUCAUCGACCCCGGAAGUGAACUGAGAGUGUUCUAUAGCAGGGAUUAUGGGAAAUGUGUCGGUAUCGAGGUGGCACUGGAAGAGCUUAAGUUUCAUGAAGAUUCGCAGAAGUUCCAAUGUAGCCUGUGUGAGGACAUGUUCACAUCCCCCAAAUUAACCCUGAGACAUAUCAGAUGCGAACACAACCAUGGUAAACCAGAAGAGAUGGUCCCAGUAGUUACUUGGAAGAAAAAGAAGAAAAGGAAAUUCGUGGCAAUAGAAGUUGGCUCCAAACAGCAGCUAGGAACUCAGCUGAAGGUGAAUGAUCAGGACGAUUCCGAAUUCAAGUGUGAAACUUGUCAGAAGACCUUCCCUUCUUUCGGAAGACUAAAGGCUCAUGAGCUAUUCCAUGAGAAAAAGGAGGCAUCUACAGAAAUUGAGAAAGAUCCUACAGACCCUUUCAAAGAGCAUGCAAAUAAGAUGUUUGGAUGCAGCGAAUGUAAUAAAGUUUACAAAUGCGAGCGUUCGCUUAAUCGGCACGAGAGGAGGGCUCAUGGGCACCGCUGUGAGUACUGCUGGGAAAGGUUCCCAAGCAAGAAAGAUUGUAUUAAACAUGAGCAAACACACCAAGCAUUUAAAUCAUCAGGUGGAGCAGAGCCCAAUUCAGCUGGAACAACUGAAACCCGUUCAAGAAAGAGCCGGAAACCCCCUGGCAUCCAACCCUCGGAACCGGCACCUGAUGAGCCUAAGGAUAUGCUUGGUAGACCUACUGAUUAUUACCAACGUCCUUAUAAAUGUCGCUUCUGCUCAAACAGAUACACAUCGAAAUCGGUAGCUGAGCGCCAUGAAAGGGAAGUCCACAAAGGGGAGGGAGAUUUCAAAUGUAGCUAUUGUACCAAGGUAUUCAGCACUGUCAGUCGCCUGAAAGAUCAUCUUGUGCUGCAUAAAUAUGUGAACAUGUAUCCAUGCUCCGAAUGUCCGAAAAGUUUUGCUUCAGAGAGCGCCCUCAACAACCAUCGAGGAGAACACACAGGGCUCAAACCGUUCAAGUGUGACGUCUGCGACCGGGGAUUCAGAACUAGGAAGUUGGCUCUUAAACACAAGAGACGCAUCCACAGUGAGCGUCCGAAGCGCUUCAUCUGCACCUUCUGUGGCAAGGGCUUUGCCGAUAAGUGUGACUGGAAGGUCCAUGAAAGGCGCCACAAGGGUAUCAGGCAGUAUGUUUGCCUGGAUUGUGGGAAGGGUUUCACGUCAAGUACUUCGCUUGCUGCGCACAAGCAAGCCAUGCAUAUUAAGGUCAAACCCUUCUCUUGUGGAAUCUGUGGUAAAAGCUUUGCCUUGAAUCAUCAAUACAAUCAUCACAUGGCCAAGCAUCGCUUAGAAGGGGAGGACCAGCCCCAGAUACCAGUACACAUGCAGCAACAGCCAUGCAUGUAGUUCUUGUAAUGAUUCAAUCGUGAGAAUCAAUGAAUGGAAUUCUAUAAUUAGGUCACACAGCCCUUUCUUGGCAAGGCUAUGAUUGUUUGUAAUAUUUUCUUCUGGUAUUUAAAUCUCCCAAGUGUGUAGUGUAUGUAUGUAUAUGUGGAAUAUUUUGUUUAAAAAAAGAUGAAUUUACCAGUGGUAGUCGUAUUUGAUACUCUUUUAUUGUUUUUUUUUUUUAGAAAAGGCCCUUUGAAAUAUCUGUUUGAAUUAAUGAAUAUGGCAGAAAAGUAUGAAUAUUGAAAAAGAUUGUAUUCUAGAUUUUCUUCCCAUUUCAUACUUUUAGUGGGUUUCCUACAGUCAUACUAAAACAGGAGAAAAAUGGUAACUUAUCAAGUUAUUUGAUCUGUCGCCUUCAUCAUUAUUUAGAUCAUAGCUUCCAAUUUUUACAUGUACUUGGGCUCUCCUCCAUACUGUUGGAUCGAAGAAUGAGUAAACUGUGCAUAAACAAACCCUCCAUGAGUGUAGUAAGUGCAUAUUCAGGGGCUCGUCUUACAAAGAGUUACGAUUGAUUCAAUCAACCUCAGGUGUAUGGAAAUCCAUUGAUGUCAUUAUUU